ACUGUGCUUCCACUAAAAUCCUUGUGCUUCCGUUUGGCUCCUUCACCCCUCUCUCCUCCUCCAGUCUUCCGGCUCCCCCCAACAGGGCUAAGAAAUCACCGUUUCCCUUCGGCACCCAGAUGACGCUCUAACCUGACAGAGAUUCAGAAAGUUACUGUGCUACAUAUCCAACGGAUUUGUUCCCCAGUGGGACAUUUCCUGCUUGGGGAAAUAUUCACCCAGCCUGAUGCAUCCAAUGCCCAGCCGGCAGCUGGCUCUCUCUAGGCACUUUUGUUUAAAUGGACGAGGGCUGUGUCUCCUUCCUAUACCUACUUGAAGUGCCUGGAGGAAGGAGGACCGGUUGGAGAGUCAGACACUGUCUCACUCGCUGGCUGUGUGUUCCUGGGCUGCUGUCCUCCGAGCUGUGAUGCGGUUGCCAGGGCCAGCUGUGUGGGGAAGGCCUCUCUACGGGCUGCAGUGCUGCAAUGGGCAGGAUUUGAGGAGGUGGGUGGGGAGUAGGUCACCCACCUUGAAAGAGAAACAACCAGGCACAGAGACAGAGAAAUUCCAGAUGAUCUACCGGUUUGACGCCAUCAGAAUCUUUAGGUACUUGUCUCGGCUGAAGGUGGCUCAAACGGCCCUGACGGUGGUGGCCCUGCCGCCUGGCUUUUACUGGUACUCCCAGGGCCUUAUGGCUUUCGACUCCCUGUGCCUUGUGGGUGGGAUAGCUGGGUUCGCCCUGGCCAUGCUGUGCUGGAUGAGCUAUUUCUUCCGGAGGCUGGUGGGUAUCCUGUAUGUGAAUGAGUCAGGCACCAUGCUGCGGGUGGCCCACCUGACCUUCUGGGGCUGGCGACAGGACACGUACUGCCCAGUGGCCGACGUGAUCCCUAUGACGGAAACCCAGGACCGGCCGCAGGAACUUUUCGUGCGGAUCCAACAGUACAGUGGGAAGCAGACCUUCUACCUCACCCUGCGCUAUGGACGCAUCGUGGACAGAGAGCGUUUCACACAGGUGUUUGGGGUGCUGGACACACUUAAGUGAACAACUGGGCACUGGGCUUCUGGGCAGCCUUGGGCCACCUGGAUCUCUGACUGAAGGCUGAAGGUGUGGAUGAGGCUAAUGAAGGGGACCUGUCAGCUGGAGACUUUGCCAGGAUUCCUGGGAAACUUGCCUUUUGGGGUGAGGAAAUUCAUGAGGCUGAUGCUAGUAACCUAGUUAAGGACAGAGGCCUUAGUGCAAAUUCUUGUAUACAAUAAGAGUUCUGCAUUUGUAUAUAACAUUCAUGUGGGUAAUGGCCAGCAGGUUCUGUUAGGAGCCAUCUGUUGGAAGGAGCUAUGCCCUGUUCAUGCAAACAGAACAGUGCUGUAAAAUGGGAAGAAGGGUGGGGCAGGGGGAACAGAGGAUUUGGAGUCAAAAGAGUUGGGUUUUGUUCAUCCUUAACCUCUGUCCUGGGCCACGUCUCAGGUAGCUGAGUGUCUCUGAACCUUGAUUUUACAUUUGUAAAAUGGAAGAUCCUGCCUGUCUCAUGGGAUGUGUGUGAGAAUAAAUAAUAAAUGUUGAGUGCUUUGCAAAUGCAGUAGACAAGA